ACCGGAGUUCCCCACGCCCAAAACCGGCAACCGCUCUCCGCAACUAUCUCUCCUCCGCCGCGAUCGAUCCCCCAAUAUAUAAACCUAGCCAAUCCGGCCAACCCGCCUCCAGGCGACCACCCGAAGCUGCCAUGGCGGACUGGUCGGGCCUCCACGAGGACUUCCUCCUCCUGCUGGUCCCGCGCCUCCCCUCCCUCGACCUCCGCCGCUUCCGCGCCGUCUGCGCCUCCUGGCGCGCCGCCGCGGCCACCUUCACAUCCGCCCACGGCCGCCCGCGCCCCGACCGCCCCUGGCUCGCGCUCCCCACCGACGCGCCCGACCCGGACGGCCGCCGAUUCGUCAUCUGCCGCGACCGCGAGGUCCCCGUCGUCACCCUCCCGGCGCGCCUCGGCCGCGCGCACGACCGCCGCUUCGUGCCCCUCGGCUCCUCCCGCGGCGCCAUCGUGGCCGCCGACGACCGCGGCGACAUGCACCUGCUCGACCUCGUCACCGGCAAGCGCAUGCCGCUGCCCCCCGCCGCCACUCUCCCGCUCGUCGACCGCGUCGAGCGGACCCCCGCCGGCCUCCUCACGCUCCACCACCAGCGCGCCGGCGUCUCCGGCGCCGACCCCGUCGACGGCCUCAUCCACAAGGCCAUCCCGGUGCCCACCCCGGACGGCGGGGUGCUGGUGGUCGCCAUCUACCGCCAGCCGCACCACCGCAACCAGUGGGCCACGGCGCGGCCCGGCGACGGCGCGUGGAAGUCGGUCAAGCCCAGCAGCAUCCCCGCCGUCGUCGACCUGGCGCUCCACCGCGGCCAGCUCUACGCCAACACGCACUACGGGAUGGUCUACGUCUACCCGGAGCUAUGCGGGCUCGGCUCGGCGUCGCCCGAGAUCAUCCCGUCCGUGACGCGCCGCCCGACCUCGUACGUCGAGCGCAGCUUCCUCGUCGAGACCCCCGGCGGCGCCGGGCUCAUGCAGGUGGAGCUGCUCCGCCCCGUACUGGCGGCCGGGGGCGAGGGCUUCGUGGUGCGCAUGCUGGACGAGUGCGGCGAGACGUGGGAGGAGGAGGAGGACAUCGGGGACGUCGCGGUGCUCGUCGACGCGUCCGGCGCCGUGGCAGCGUCCACCAGGGACUGCCCCGGGCUCAGGCCAAGCACCGUGUACUACGCCGUCGACCUCGACGGCGAGACGAGGGUGUGGGCCUACAGCCUCGCCGGCAAGCACAAGAAGAUCGAGGUCGUCGAGUCACUCCCCAGGGCGGAGGGCUACAAGCCGCCCUGCUUCUGGUACACGCCGGUAUAUGCACAGUGAAGCAAAUCUUGAUUUGAUUUUGCCUUGCUAAAUCGCUAGGCGUCGCGUCGGGUUGUGCAGGAAGCUGCUGUUCUUUACAUGUCUUGCGAUUGGCCUUGACCGCCAUGGCAUUAGUAUUUGUUGGUCUGGUCGUGAUGCAGUGUGGGUCUACGAGUCGUGCAAUGGGGGCACCUAUUUUGAGUUGUAAACUGGUGAAACGCUGAUGAGUGUUCAUCAGGAGUGUGUGUCUAGUGCAGGGAACUUGGUGUCUCUGCUGAUUGUCACAACUAUGUACAUACAUACAGGAAACUGAACUUGAUUCAAACU